AUGUCCUCCACAAAGCAGCAGCGCUCCCGCCGCCAAACCGCCCCCUCUGGCCCGCCGCGCAAACCCACCGCCAAAGAAAUUCAAUCAAGCCUCCAAGCAUUGGACGAAAAGUCACCCAGCACUUCUGAGUGGAAAACUCCAGGAUGGACCAACGAACUUGAAUUUUCGCAAUGGCUUAAUGAUGUCAAGGGUGACCUGAUUGAGGAGAGCUAUGACGAGUACCAGAAUUGCUUGGAUGAACUUGAACAAUCGAAAGAGCACAUUGACGAAAUCUUAACGAACACCCUGACCCUUCUGGAUGACCUAUCAAGCUUGUCCGAAUCGUUCAAAUCGGUCGAGACCCAAACAUCGAACUUCGAGAAACAAUGCCAAGGGCUUUUGUCUGCCCAGGAACGAGAUACAAAACUUGCGAAUGGCAUUCAGAACAACCUCCACUAUUACGAUUUCUUAGACCCUGCAUCGCGGCGGCUGAAUGCUCCCGGCGCGGGGAAUACAGUUCGCGACAAGGAAUUCUCAGAUAUGUUGAGGCAUCUGGACGUGUGCUUGGAUUACAUGGAAACGCAUCCGGAUCAAAAAGAGGCAGAAGUCUAUCGCUCGAGAUACCGACUACUGCUAACGCGUGCCUUGACGCUUAUCCGCGGCAACUUUGUAUCUUCACUCAAGGAUAUUUACCAGAAUGUCUCCAAAAAGAUUUCGGAUCAGCAGUUGAACGACACAGCCUUGUCGGCUCUCCUGUACGCCAAGUUCAGGGUUGGAGCACCUGAGCUGAAGCAGAUUGGAGUCGAGAUUCAAAAGAGAGCUGUGCCACCGCUUAACCCAGAUCAGAAUAACGAAGCAGAGUAUCAAAGUCUGAUGAACGAGCUGCACAGCAAUUACUCGGCUACCCGUGUAAAGCUGAUCAUUCCGCUUGCUCGCAAAAAACUCGGCGAAAUCACACAGACGCCUAGUUCGUCCAAGGACCUCGUUGCCUUUGCCCGAGCUAGUAUCAGUUAUAUCCGUGGUCUGUGCCUAGACGAAUAUGAUCUAUGGGGAGAAUGGUUCCAUGGACAAGGAGGGUUGUAUGACUUCCUUGAGACGCUAUGUGAACCACUUUAUGAUCACCUUCGUCCACGGAUUAUCCACGAGUCUGAUAUCGUCAAGCUAUGUCAGCUGUGCAAUCUACUACAGACUCGCUAUUUCUCAGACCCAGAAGAAGAACCCGAACAAGUCGAGACGAACCAUCUUGACUUUUCUAUUUUGAUCCAGCCCGCUCUGCAAGACGUCCAGGCCCGACUUGUCUUCCGUGCUCUCGCGGUUCUGCGCGACGAAAUUGAACGAUAUAAACCUCGCCCAGAGGAUACCGAUUAUCCCAUGCGCAACCGACAGGUAUCUCUGACUGUGUCAGACACUCAGAUAUCGGGCAAGAAAGACACAUCUGCGGAUACACUAAUCGACAUGACGGCCAAACAAGGCGAUGACGCAGGCGAAUCUACACAGGAGACAGACGGAAAAUGGGACUUCGAGACCCAGACCGCCCUAAAGGGCUGGUAUCCAACCCUGCGAAAAGCAAUCUGGCUCCUGAGUCGGAUAUACCGCCUAGUAAAUUCCACCGUCUUCGACGACCUAGCCCACCAAAUCGUACACCAAACCACCCUCUCCCUCCAAAACGCCAGCACCCUAAUCUCCGCCAAAGCCACACCAGCCGACAGUCAACUCUUCCUAAUGAGCCACCUCCUAAUCCUAAAACAACAAAUCGUCGCCUUCGACAUCGAAUACGUCUCCGCCGAUAUCUCCUUCGACUUUUCCGGCAUGACAAGUACAUUCUGGGAGCUGCGCGAGCGCGGCGGCCUCUUCAACCCACGUAACCUGAUGCGCCUCGUCGGCCACGGCCUCGUCCCGCGCGUCGUUGAGAACAUGCUGGACGCGAAAGUCGAGUUGGAUGGUCGCCUUCGCACGGUAAUCAACGACUUCAUCAAUGCAUUUGCUGCUCGCAUGACCGCCUCGCUGCCGGCUCAAUUCGUUGAUUCUCGCAAUCUGGCCCGCGGCGAACUUAUCCUUCCUUCUUGCCGCACUAUCGAGAAGGAGGUGCCGGGUCUGCGUAAGGUCUUGAAUGCGUAUAUCGACGACACGCGUAUGAAAGAGACGCUUGUUGGAGCGGUCCAGGACCGCACUAUUCAAAUUUAUGAGGAUUUCUUUGAGAAAUAUACUUCCUCCGAGAAGGCGAAGGGCAAUUUCGUUAGUAAGAAAGGGAAAGGCCGGGAUGAUGCUGUCUGGGAUGUUAAUACCUUUGCCGAAUGGUGCGAAGGUGUGUUCCGUGUCGGCGUCGCUGGGUUGCAGGCUGAUAUCCCCGAGGACGAUGACGAUCUCCUAAGCACCAGCUCUUAG